AUGUGUGCUAGAAGCUGGUUAUGGAGUACUGAAAAUAGUGGUGGUAUGAGUUCUAAGUUAAGCAAUGACUACACAACUUUACUCGAUGAAAUAGAGCCCGAUGAAGAAGUUUCCUCUAUUGUCGCGCAAAACCCUGCCACGGCUAGCUAUAGCAUGCUUUUUAACCGCCCCAUAUGUGUUAAGUGUGAGCCAACCCAGAUCCGGAGGUUUCCACUCAAUAAAGACCACUGUGGUUGGUCUUAUGCUGCUUUUACGGUUCAACUCAAUGCUAUUAUUGAUGCAAAAUUUUCCAAAUAG